ACUCAAAUUGAGGAGUGAAAGAAAAGGAGGAAGGAUUGGAACAUUAUUCAGGAAGGCUGCUGAGUUCAGAAGCGCAUACUUUGUUUGAUGCUGUUGGGAGGUGCAACUUAUUCUGCUUAUUGUGCUGGCAUUCCCACUUUGCCUUCCAUUUUGUUUGCCUUGCUUGGACUGCAUCUUAAUUCUAACAGUAGGUUGGCAUACAUAAAAUAUCAUCAUUAACUUAUAGACACCUGGGGGUAGUUUGCAUCUGGGCAUCAAUAAGUAAGGACCAGUCCAACUAAGAUGAAAGAAGAAGGAGCAUGCCCCGAUUCCCCUGAAGGCAGCAUGGUAACCAGCGAGGAAGAGGCUGAGCGCCAACAGAGGAAGGCUAUAGUUAAGCGUACAGGUCUGGUGGGCAAAUCAAAUGAGGGUAGAGUGCCCCUUUCACCUCCUUGCAAGCGCAGUAAGAGGAGCCCUCAUAUAGAACCCUUUGAGGAUGUACACACUCAGAGAGUCAUUGCCAACGUGAGGGAGCGGCAGCGUACCCAGUCCCUGAAUGAUGCUUUUGCAGAGCUGAGGAAGAUCAUCCCUACCUUGCCAUCUGAUAAACUCAGCAAGAUACAGACCCUGAAGCUGGCUUCACGUUAUAUCGAUUUCCUGUACCAGGUCUUGCAGAGUGAUGAGUUGGACCACAAGAUAGCCAGUUGCAACUACCUUGCUCAUGAAAGGCUCAGCUAUGCCUUCUCUGUCUGGAGAAUGGAAGGUGCAUGGUCCAUGUCAACAACUCACUGAUCCCUCAGCUGGUGCCCCUCCUGCCUGCCAUUUCAGAAGACUUUUCAAGAGUGGAUUCCAAAAGGACUGCUAGAAAUGGUUUACUCCUCUGCUUUGUGGCUCCACAGUCUGAUGUUCUAACCCAACAAGAUGGAAGAUUAUCUAAAGUGAUAAGAAUCUCAAAACAUCGUCAGAUGGAAUACUUCCGAUAACAAGACACCAAAAACAGUUGAAUAUUCCUAAGACACAAUCUUAGUAUAAGCACAAACAAUACUUUAUCAAGUGUGCGAGUCUCAUCAAGAGCAUGGAUAUUUAACCUCGUAACUUGUCUAAAACCCUGUGGAGAUUAUUUAUUCAGGAAAAGCUGAAGACCAUGCAGAUAAUGAUUGAUUUUUGUUUCUUCUUUUUUUUCCUUGGUCUAUCAUGACCAGCCUUAUCACUUCCAAUUUGCUAUGCACUUCUAAAUCCAGGCACUUUGUUUGUAGGACAAGCUGGCAUACCUAUUGCCCAUUUUUUCCCCUGCUAAUAUUAAAUGUGUUCUUAAGUUGCAGCUUUCUUAGAUAUAAUUGCUUCCAUAUCACAGUAAUGUUAAGCGAGUUGCCAAAUUUAAGUGCAAAAUACAUGGUCAGACCCCAGGAUGCAAUGGCACCUUCUUCCGUAGGGAACAGACAUUUUUUUUUGUAUGUCAUUUCAUGCAUUGCUUUUAGAUAUGACACAAGCAGAGUAAUCUCUUUUAAACCAAACUAAGUAACGCUCUAAAAUGAAAUGCCCCUGUACUCAAAGGCAUACUAACCCAUAUAUAAUUAGUCAUAAAGAAUUAGCCAUAAUUCAGGUCUCUUGGAAAGAUAUGUUCUAGGAUUGCAAAACUAUACAUUGGGUUAAUGUAGCGGUAGCUGAAAAUCCAAAGAUGUAACUUCGAGGGGGCAUAAAUUGAGCAUCAUGGCACAAGGAGGAUACAAAGACUAUGGAUCAAGUGACAGGGCUGACUGGGGGCAAAUGAACAGGGUUGAAUGGGUGUUCUGUGUAAAAGUCAGCAUGAGUUAUCUGUGAAAAUCGUUUAAGUACUGUUUCUGGAAGAUGUAAAUAUGAAAAUAUAUACUGAGCUCAAUGACUCGUAUCCUCAGGUGUGACUCAUUGCAUGGAGUGUAUUUUAUUGGUUGAAGGGAUUGAGGUCUGUGAGCCCUCGAUAACCCUUUAUUAUGUGUCUCACUUAUAAUUAACUUCUAGAGAACAUGGUGAAAAUACCAUAAGAGAACUCAUGAGUUUUAGCUGAAAAUUUAAGGUGCUGACAGUGUGGGAAUUGGGUAUUAGGUCACUGCCUUUAUUUUUCAAAGCCAUUAAUAUUAUUACAUUCUCUGCAUUGGUGCAUUUAGAAACCUUGUUUGAAAAUGUAAACCUGUAGUUUCCCCUCAACUUUACCAUGAAUAUGCCAAAUCAUCUUGCCACAAGAGGGCCAUGACCACUGUAUUCUAAAGACAGACCCACAAAGGAGACAGUGGAACUCCUAAUAUGUUCCUUAUAAUAACAUGUUGGAACACAGGAUAACAAUUAAAUAUCCAAAACGACCAGUUGUGGCUCCUACCCAAAAAGAACCCGUUGUAAACUGACAUGGGGCAAUAUUGGGCUACUAUUUGAAUUUUUCAUGCUUAAAUGUAAGAGUGGAACCUCAAAGACAAAUAAAUGGAAUAACAAUCA